AUGGUCAAUCCCACCGUGUUCUUAGACAUCGCCGACAACGGCGAGCCCUUGGGCUACAUCUCCUUCGAGUUGUUUGCAGACAAAGUUCCAAAGAGAGCAGAAAACUUUCGUGCUCUGAGCACUAGAGAGAAAGGAUUCGGUUAUAAGGGUUCCUGCUUUCACAGAAUUAUUCCAGGGUUUAUGUGCCAGGGUGGUGACUUUACACGCCAUAAUGGCACUGGCGGCAAGUCCAUCUAUGAGGAGAAAUUUGAUGAUGAGAACUUCAUCUUGAAGCAUACAGGUCCCGGCAUCUUGUCCAUGGCAAAUGCUGGACCCAACACAAACGGUUCCCAGUUUUUCAUCUGCACUACUAAGACCGAAUGGUUGGAUGGCAAGCAAGUGGUUUUUGGCAAGGUGAAAGAGGGCAUGAAUGUUGUGCAAGCCUUGGAGGGCUUUGGGUCCAAGAACGGCAAGACCAGCAAGAAGAUCACCAUUGCUGACUGUGGACAACUCUAA